UCAAAUAAGUCAUUCAACUAAAGGGAUCUGGAUACCGAAAGCAAAGGAAGAGAAAGAAAGAGCACAGUGAAGCAAGCAGACUGGAAGCUGAGCUGUUGAAUUAGCUGAAGAGCUCUAUAGUAAAGAGGAGCAACGAUUAAUGAAUGGUUGACGUGAAAAGGAUGAGCCUGGAAAUCGAUAUCUAGCGUGUGACGUCUAAUUGCUCCAACUGACUCAGGCUCCUCCAUCCCAACAGGUAUUUCCUGUUCUUUCGUCGAUAAAAGAGGAUAACUGUAGGGGUGAGUGGUAUUCGACGUGUAUUCGGUGUUAGAAGAUAGUUAGGGAGCCCUUUCAUUCGAUCCUCGUGGUGUUUGUGCGAGCUGAGGCCAUUCUCGAUGAGGCACAGCUAGGUCUCUCUUCACUUUGUGCUGUGUGUUCGUAGAUACAGGAUUCUAUGUGUUAAUUGGUGUUCUAGUUCACGCGUGAAGGAUCAUACAAUUUUCUUGCGUCCUACGAAUCACGAUCUGUGAGGAAGAGUAGCAGUUAGAAGAACAUUUGGUGUCCUAUGUGAAAUUUAAGAAGAUUGUCUUACACGAAGCUUAGACUCUCUGGAAGCCAAUGUUCCUGCACAAAGUUCGAUAAAUGAGAGUCAGAUGAUUAAAGAUCGAUCUUGGAGAAAAUCUGGAAGAGCUGAUCUUUGAGAACGUCCAGGACAUUCAGAUUGGUGUACUGAAAGAAGAAGACAAUUUCGAGGAGUCAUAGAAGCUGUAUAAUAUGUUCAUCAGAACGGAAUCACUGAAAUUUUGUACGCGACUUGAGAACAAAGGCCUACAAUUUAAAUCUCCGUCUUCAACUUUCAUACUUCGAGUUCUCGCCUUAAUCGUUUGAUAAAAAAAUGAUCCGGUUACCGGAGAAGCUUGUUGGAUAAUCGUUAAGGAAACCACUGGUAAUUUUGUCACGUAGGGAGAUUCAAACUUUCACGAAAGGUUUAAACGCUUCUAUUAACUUGACGAUAGCCCCGAAGGAUCUUCAAAGAAUCACCAGGAGGAGGGAAUCCUGUUUACACACUUGAAUCAUCCAUAGGAACUCCUUAUCAGCCCUAAUCCAGAGUGGGUUCAUAUAGAACUAUAUGAAUUUUCCAAGGAGAAAAUUAGUCGCUUGGGGGAGAAAUCUGAAAAUUAUCUAAGAUUACUAGCCUGAAAGUACGUGCAGAGGUGGGUAAGACAGCCUAAACCUUUAAUUUUUAAAGCAAUCCAAAGUUUGAUACUCCUAUCAGGCAUUUGGGAGAUUUAAUCUCAGGCUUUUAUCAUUACUGAGUUGAAGCUCCAAUGUGUUAGGUUUCUACAAGAUCAAUGACAACCUAGAUCUAAUUUUGUGAAUCUAGAAAGAACAAAGGAAUUGAUAUCAGAUCAUUUGGACUGAGUCUACUGUCAGAUUGACUGAAAGUUAAACUUAACACAACCCACUCUGAUAGAGAAGAAACGAGAAAUCACUUCCUCCAGAUGUCAGAAAUUUCAAAGGAAUCAGGAUCUAUUUUCAUAGCUUCUAAGAGAGCAUAGAAACCAGCAUUGGACUACUUGAAUCACAUUCAGUCUCAAAUGUCUGACGUUCAAACCGAACUUAGGCUAUUAUCGUGACAACACGAGGAAUCCUCUGUGCCAGGUGUCCAGAUGUCCAAAAGAAAACCAAGAUUUACUACUGAAAUCCUAGGAAACUCUAGAAAAGCAAAGGAAUAGACAUUGGAUCACCUAAACUAAGUCUACACUCGAGUUUCUGACACUUGAAUUAGAACUAGCUCGCUCUAAUUGUGACAAAACGAAAGGUUCGGACUCUUGGACCUUUAGAAACCUCAAAAGCAGCUAAAUCAACUCUUAUAGAUCCCCAGAGAGCACCCAAUAUUACGCCAUCUGGACCAGGUCUAAUCCCAGUUCCCACGACAGGACGACAGGACGAUGUAGCCCAUUGAAAACGAACUAAAAAUCGUUCGAUAUCAAUCAAAUAAGUGGAAAGGAGUCAUUGAAGAGCCUGGUACAGCCGGCCCUGGAUGUUUUGACGCUGAGUGGCGCUAGGGUGUCGAGGUGGGGGCCAGGUGUUCUUGCUGCCUGCCGUACGCCUGUGGCGGCGGGGGUAGGGGUGGUGUAACUAUCUCGGGGGCCACCCCCGAGGCCAAGAAGGGCUCCACCGGCCGCAAGUGUCGCAAGUGCCGCCAAAAGCAACAGCAGCAGAGCCAGCAGCUGCUCCAAGAUCAUCAGCAAAAGCAACAGGAGAAGGAUCAGGACCAACAACAAGAAUCAAAAAAGGUGUUAGUGGUACAGGUCAGCAAGUUGGCGCCUCUGAGCAAUCUCGACGAGGAACUGGAAGACCUAGAAAACGGAAAGGGUGCCGAACAAGGGGCGGAGGAGGAGGAGGACUUCUCCAAGGAGGGUGGCACCCAACACCGCCUAAGCCCCAGGCUGCAUGAUAUCAAAGAGGAAGACGAUGAGGACGGUAGGAAUACCAAGGGAAGACCAUAUCAGAAGAAAUCGCCGACCCCAAGUGGCGGUGGUGGCAGCAGAACGGGUUGGCGAUCGCGCAGAAGCAUCACCACGACAGGUGCACCGACUCACCAGCACCACGUGAUCGCCAGUGCAGCUGCAACUGCACAGGCCAGGAUGCAGGCCGAACAGGGCAGCAUCGGUGAGCUACGGGGCUACCACAAUUUUAGGUCCAGGAGACACACUCUGGCCAACGUUCGUUUCGACGUGGGAAAUGGAAGCUCAAAGGCAGACAGCAGCGCUACGGGCGACAACGCAUCGCAGAAUCCAAGUUUGGUGCUGCAACAGCCACAACGACGAGAAAGCUUCCUGUAUCGCAGCGACAGCGACUUCGACAUGUCACCAAAGUCGAUGUCUCGGAACAGUUCGAUCGCAAGUGAAAGAUACAAAGAAGCAGAGGUUGUUAUGGAGCGACCGGUUUCUACAGAUCCCAGUAGCCAUGGCGAGGAAUAUAUCGUCACACCUUUCGCGCAGAUUCUCGCCUCCCUGCGAUCCGUCAGGUACAACCUCCUGUUGCUCACAGAUGCAUUCACGAACCGAAUACGAAGGAACAGCGAGCAGGCGGGUAGCUCGUCACAGCAACAAGGUCAAACGCUAGGAGACGAAGAAUACGCAAAAACAGCCGCAGAUACGAUGUACGAGCUAGACUGGUGCCUGAAACAGCUGGAAACCAUUCGGACGCAUCAGUCCGUAUCAGACAUGGCCUCAACGAAGUUUAAACGAAUGUUAAACAAGGAACUGUCACAUUUCUCGGAAUCGUCCAAAUCCGGCAACCAGAUAUCAGAAUAUAUCUGCAACACCUUCCUCGAUAAACAACAAGAUGUAGAUAUACCGUCUCUACCGACCGACGAGGACUCCUCAGCUGCCGGAAGUGCGGAUAAAAAGGAGGCGAAGAAGAAGGACCGCGUGCAAAAAGGCCCAGCUUCCAUGUCACACAUAAGCGGCGUAAAACGACCCCUCACACACACGAACAGCUUCACCGGGGAACGUGUGCCGCUUCAUGGUGUCGAGACACCUCACGAAGAAGAACUUGGCGAGGCUCUAUUAAGCAUCAACACAUGGGGCAUCGACAUCUUCCGGCUAGGCGAUCUGAGCAACAACAGGCCAUUGACCUGUAUCACGUACACAAUCUUCAAAAGCCGUGAUUUGUUCAAGGCAAUGUGCAUACUGCCCCAGACGUUCCUCAACUACAUGACGACCCUCGAGGAUCACUACGUCAAGGAGAAUCCUUUCCACAAUAGUCUGCACGCGGCUGAUGUGACCCAGUCCACCCACAUUCUGCUCAGCACGCCCGCACUCGAGUCCGUUUUCACACCAUUGGAAAUCGCAGCUGCCCUGUUUGCCGCAGCCAUUCACGACGUAGACCAUCCUGGACUGACCAACCAGUUCCUGGUUAAUAUCGGCUCCGAGCUCGCUCUCAUGUACAAUGACGAAUCCGUUCUGGAAAACCAUCACCUGGCGGUGGCGUUCAAAUUGCUGCAGAACGAGUGCUGUGACAUACUCCGCAACUUGACGAAGAAGCAACGCCGGAUCUUCAGAAAGAUGACCAUUGAUAUAGUUUUGUCGACGGAUAUGUCCAAACACAUGACUUUGCUGGCAGAAUUGAAGACCACGGUGGAAACGAAAAUAGUUGCUGGCUCUGGCGUUCUCGUAUUGAAAACGUACAGUGAUCGAAUAAUGGUUAUAGCAAACGCAGUACACUGCUCUGAUCUAUCAAAUCCCACGAAACCAUUAUUCUUAUAUCGACAAUGGGUCCAACGGUUGAUGGAGGAGUUAUUCCGUCAGGGAGAUCGAGAACGCGAAAGGAAAAUGGUGAUUAGCCCAAUGUGCGACAGAUACAAUCCCACCGUGGAGAAGUCGCAGGUCGGCUUCAUAGACUACAUUGUCCAUCCUCUUUGGGAAACUUGGGCAGAAUUGGUUUAUCCCGGUGCUCGGGAUAUUCUGGAUAACCUAGAGGAGAAUCGAGACUGGUAUCAUUCCAUGAUCCCUCCGUCACCACCGUCCAACGAUCAACAGAAGAACGAACAACAGUCCGAUAAUAUACACUUCCAGGUGACACUGGAAGAGGACUAUACCAUUGACACGGAGGAGACCGCUGGAAUGUGACUGAGAUUCGCGGGAAUUUGCAAGAAGCUCCACGAGAAGGUGCAGCAGACCUGGUGGCGCGUGCGUCAGUAAUCAUUAGCUCGCUGCCACUGACUAAAUGUCUAUGUGUCUAUCUAUAUUCCUUUUUGGCCAAGCUCCACUCCCCGGAACAGUGGAAGAAACCUUGUCUCAACAGGAGAGACGGGACAAAGAGAAAAGGAAAGAGUGAGAGAAAGAAAAACGAUUAACUGGAAAAGGAACGUCUAGUCGCCGCUAGUUCAGACCUCGACAAAUAAACACGGGGUCUUUCAUGACGUGUCAGAAGAGAAUAAAGAUUAGCCAGGAAAGAAAUUCGGAAGAUGGAGGACAACCCACAUUGACGCGAUCGUUUUGCUCAGACGCUGACGCGUCUCAGCUAUGGGCAACGGUCCUAAAUCGCUUCGUCUCGACUAGUUCGAGACGUGACGACAGCGUCCACGAUGGACCAUCCUCGAUAGAAAGACAGAGAGGAGCAUCGUCGUCGUUACCAUUGUCGCUUUUCUCCCUUCCCAUAGUCGUCGUUCGAUCGGCCCCAGAUUGGCGCGUCUCUGGCUCGAAUAUGGAGGGCACGAAUCUCUUCACCAAGUACCUGUACAUUACCCAGGUGGACCGAUCACGGUAAAGACUAUCACCGUGUCUUUAUUAGGUUCCCUUUAAUUAUCGUAAUAUAUAGAACGAGAACAUGAAAAACGACGGGACUCGAGAAAACGCAGGAAUAUCUCAUCUCGCCUCACUGGUAGGAUCCUAUCUUGACAUAUCAAUUACACGGUACAAGCGGCUCAGGUCGCGAUAUUCCAACGAUCCGGAGGAUCUUCUACGCAGCCAGCUGAUCCUCGAUUGGUUAUUGAAGAAAUUGAAUGUCUACGUUGGACCGUUUAUUCCAAUUUCGGCCAAAUUGGCUAUGUGGCUGCGAUAGAGACCAGAUUGGAUUAUUUUACAAAAGAAUUAAAGUUGGAUGGUUAAAAAAAUUUGAAAAAUAGAAGGUAUAGCGAUCAAUAGAGAGGGUCAGGGGCAUACACACGUACCUACACAGAAGACACGCGAUCGUUUUUAACCAAAGAGUAUUGUUAGUCACUUCGUCGUUUGAGAAACGAACUCUUUUUCUUCAUUCAGGAUAAAUAAGAAAAAAUGAAUUAUAAAUCGUGAACAAACAGCGAGACAUCAUCGCGCGUUCUAGCUUGUAGCGAUGGUAGAUUACUUAGGGGACUCAGCGAGGUGGAGAAUUAAAUUAGUUAGAACUUUGCAACUCGAUGUGUUUACGAAACCGAGACUAAGAAUAAAAAAAAAAAGAAAAAGAGAAAAGGUAUUAAAAAAAAUAAAAAUAAUAAAUGGAGAUAAAAUGAAAUAACGACGUACUCUCUCGCUUGGAUGUCUGUGAAUCGCUCAAACUCAAGGAUCCAUGCUCGACCUCAAGUCGAAGGCGUCUCGAUGGUCGAGCGUCGAUCCUCUUCGCUCUCUUUCUCGAAGCAUCGCAAUCUUUCAUCGAAAUUCAACUGAUAUAUAUACACGGACAUAUAUAUAUAUAUAUACACAUAUAUUUUUUUGUAAAAAAACCUUUUUGGGCCUUGUGUUUUCUACGAUGCAUUUAUUUUCUCCUUUUUGAUAUAUGCCUAACUGAAUAAAGAAAACAAAUUUAUCGUGUCAAUAAAAUGACGAGGAAAUCAAUCGUGAUAAUGUUUUCACGUAUUCGACUUUCUGACGAGAAAAUAGCGGCCGCACGGGCAAAAUUGCUCGAGAAAGAGGCGAAUACUUGUAUCUGUGUCCGUAGGCAGUGAAUCUAGUGAGUGUUUUUGGUGCUGUGCACCAAGCUUAGAUCAUUAAGAGUAAUUUACGUAAGGCUACGAGUACACGACUAGAUAUUAAGCUGAGGAAUUAAUGUAUAAACGAAAAGAAUGGAAACAAAAAAAAAAAAAAACGUAAAUGUUCUUUAGGACGUAAGCGAACCAAGUAACUAAUGAUAAUUAAAUAUUUAACAACGAGAAGAAGACGAUGAGAAUUAAUCGAAAUAAAAAAAAAAAAAAAGAAUUGACAUGACGCUGUUCCAUUUUGGGAUCCCUCCGACAAUGUUCCGCUCGAAAGACGAUAAACAGAUUUUGGACACUACGAAGAUCGUGAGAUUCGAGUGAGAACGACCGAUCGAACGACGGGAAAAAAUAAUUACAAAAUACCUACGCGUAUAAUUUUUUGCCGAUUUCCGAUUUUCUCCGUUUGCCUUGUGGUGACCUUCAUAUGUAACAUAUAGAUUUAAUUCCAUGGUUUUCUCUAGAAUUGUUGUACAUAUUUUUUCCUUUCUUUUUUCAUGGGUUCUGCGACGAACCAAAGAUAAUAUUGCCCUAUUAUAGUAAGCUCGUGACUAAUGACGAAUGUUUUUGUAACGUGGAAUACAAGCGACAACCGCGUUCACGAUGAUAUUUUCUUCAUCGAAUGAAUAUGUGUGCUUGUUAUUGCGUGUUUAACGAUUUUACCGACCCACAAUGGUGAUGACGAUGACUAUUAUUGUAUCAUGCGGCAUGGUCACGAUGAUGAAACGUUGAAUGAUCGCGAGAGAUAAAAUAGGGGUAACGAAAAUGAAUUAGAAAGGAAAAAAAAGAUGGCAAAAUAAUUUAUGAAAUAAGAACUAAAUACUAUGUGUUUGAUUGCUGGACAGUUAAAUGAACAUGUAUUUAUCGGUGUAAUCCUCGUAUAAGAUAUAUGUGUAAUAAAACAUAUUUAUUGUCGGAA